AUGGCACAAGAACCCGAGGUUGCUCCUUUUGACUGGAGCAAUGAGGUGGAGAACUCAAAGGAACUUCAGUUAAGGGUUGAAGAGGAAGCUGAGGAGGCAGUGACCGCUGCAUUCUUGGAUGCUCCCACUCGCCGUAGGAGAAGGCAAAGGCUUGGUUGUUCAAGCUCAGUGUCUAGCGCUUCAGGGCUUUCUGACUCCAAGGAGGCAAAUUCCUCUAAUAGCUCUUCUAAGGGCUCUUCUGAUGGCUCUGACUCGAGGGAUGAUGAAGGCAAAGAAGAGGAGGAAGAAGAGGAUGAUGAUAAUGAUGAAAAGGAAAUGGAGUAUCUGGCUCUGAAUUAUCCCCAAGAGGACUCUGGGGAUGACACGGAUGCCUAUGCGCCAAAGUCUCCUUAA